CAAAGGACCCGCGGCCUCAGCCCCUCCAAAGAACCGGGAGAUGACGGGGAAAGCGGGGGAAGCGCUGAGCAAGCCCAAAUCCGAGACAGUGGCCAAGAGUACCUCGGGGGGCGCCCCGGCCAGGUGCACAGGGUUCGGCAUCCAGGAGAUCCUAGGCUUGAACAAGGAGCCUCCCAGCUCCCACCCGCGGGCUGCCCUCGACGGCCUGGCCCCUGGGCAUUUGUUAGCUGCGCGCUCCGUUCUCAGCCCGGCAGGAGUGGGCAGCAUGGGGCUGCUGGGGCCCGGGGGACUUCCCGGCUUCUACACACAGCCCACCUUCUUGGAAGUGCUGUCCGAUCCGCAGAGCGUCCACUUGCAGCCACUAGGCAGAGCGUCGGGGCCGCUGGACACCAGCCAGACGGCCAGCUCCGAUUCCGAAGAUGUUUCCUCCAGUGACCGAAAAAUGUCCAAAUCGGCUUUAAACCAGACCAAGAAGCGUAAGAAGCGGCGACACAGGACAAUCUUUACUUCCUACCAGCUAGAGGAGCUGGAGAAGGCAUUCAAUGAAGCCCACUACCCAGAUGUCUACGCCCGGGAGAUGCUGGCCAUGAAAACGGAGCUCCCAGAAGACAGGAUACAGGUGUGGUUCCAGAACCGCAGAGCCAAGUGGAGGAAGAGGGAGAAGUGCUGGGGCCGGAGCAGCGUCAUGGCUGAGUAUGGUCUCUAUGGAGCCAUGGUGAGGCACUCGAUCCCCCUGCCAGAGUCUAUCCUCAAGUCUGCCAAGGAUGGCAUAAUGGAUUCCUGUGCCCCAUGGCUACUGGUUCAAGAUGGCUUUCCCAGGCGCUUUUCUAAACCCGAAUACCAACAAUUCUUUUUAGGGAUGCACAAAAAGUCGCUGGAGGCAGCAGCUGAGUCGGGAAGGAAGCCCGAGGUGGAACGCCAGGCCCUGCCCAAGCUCGACAAGAUGGAGCAGGAGGAACGGGCCCCAGAGGCCCAGGCAGCCAUCUCCCAGGAAGAACUGAGGGAGAACAGCAUUGCCGCCCUCCGAGCCAAAGCUCAGGAACACAGCACCAAGGUUCUGGGGACUGUAUCUGGGCCUGACAGCCUGGCCAGAAAUGCUGAGAAGCCAGAAGAAGAGGACGCCACGGAUGAAGACAGGCCAGCUGAGAAGCUCAGCCCACCGCAGCUGGAGGACAUGGCUUAGGGCAAGGGCUGCUGGCCUCGGAACUGCUCUUCUCCGGCCCUGCAGCCCUGCGGUGUGGGGAGUUCUCUCUGAGGCAAGGCCCAUGUCUGGCUUCUGCCACACCUCCCCACACCUCAAGCCCUCAAUUACCCCCACGACUCUAGAAACAGGCCAAUUCUGUCCGUAGCUUUGGACCAUGCUGAGACAUCCUGAACAUACUCCUGAUCCAGCAUCCUCAUCCUCAGCCCAGCUUCCCUGCCUCCAAAGCCUUCUUGCUACCCUGACAUCAAGUCCUGCCACGUCAUCCCUGAGAGACUCUUGUCCAAGUCUAUCCCUUAUUCUCUGCUCUCUAAACUUUCCUCCCUAGCUUAGCCCCCUCAUGGGCAGCU